GAGUAGCUGUUAACUACUUUUUUCACUCUUACGACCUUCAAAACAUGUACUUGUAACUCGUGAGCUACUUGUAACUCGCGAGCUUUUAGGCUCUUAAUCUCCCUCACUGAUAAUUUUAUCUUACGAGUGAUCUGCCGAGAAAAAAUGGGUUCUUUUUAGACAUUUUUCUGUUCAAGUGUUCAAUAAUACAUGAUUCAACUAUGUAUGUAUACUUUAUAUAUAUAUAUAUAUAUAUAUAUAUAUAUAUAGUUAAGACUUGACCUGCAAUAGUGACAAUUUGCUAUAAAUUUUCAAAUAUUAGGAAUUUAUAUAGAUUCAAUACAGUGAAGUAUAGAGUUUAUUAAAGUUCAUAUAACAUCAUUGUACAUAUAUAGUAACAAUAUUCAGUGGAAGUAGUGCUUAAUUUGAAUUGGUGGCAAAAUGGAGUCGGGGGAAGAAGUGUGCCAAACUCUACUGCCGGGACUGGACUCUAACGGUCAGAUUCCAGAAUUGUCGUCGGAGGCGGUGGAGGAAAUCUUAUCACACAGGCCGGUGGCUCUCCGAUGGUACCCUCGGCUCGUGGGUUGGGAGUCGAGGCUCCUCUGGAUUCUUUCGUGGGCUUCCAUCUUCGUAUCCGUUUUCAACUACAUGCUCAGUUUUGUCACCCUCAUGUAUACCGGCCAUUUAGGCGCGUUGGAGCUUGCCGGAGCCUCCGUAGCCUGCGUCGGAAUUCAAGGGCUCGCUUAUGGCAUCAUGUUGGGCAUGGCUAGUGCUGUUCAAACCGUGUGUGGGCAAUCAUAUGGAGCAAGGAGAUAUGAAACAAUGGGUGUGAUUUGCCAGAGAGCAAUUGUGCUGCACAUUGGGGCAGCUAUCCUGCUUACCUUCCUUUACUGGUACUCUGGCUCAGCCCUGAAAGCCAUCGGUCAGUCAGUGAGCAUAGCCGAGCAAGGCCAAAUUUUUGCUCGCGGUUUGAUCCCUCAACUCUAUGCAUUUUCAAUAAGCUGCCCGAUGCAGAGGUUCCUUCAAGCACAAAAUAUUGUCAAUCCUUUGGCUUACAUUGCUGUCGGGGUAUUCCUAUUGCACAUUCUUCUCACAUGGGUAGCUGUGUGUGCCUUGAAUUAUGGCCUCCUCGGUGCUGCCUUAACACUCAGUCUCUCUUGGUGGCUUCUGGUCAUCAUACAAGGCCUUUACAUACUCUUCAGUCCAUCUUGCAAGCAAACAUGGACUGGUUUCUCUGCAAAAGCCUUUAGAGGGCUUUGGCCUUAUUUCAAGCUAACUGCAGCUUCUGCUGUUAUGUUGUGCUUGGAGAUAUGGUACAAUCAAGGACUAGUUCUUAUAUCAGGCCUCCUCUCCAACCCUACCAUCGCACUUGACUCUAUUUCCAUUUGUAUGAAUUACUUGACCUGGGACAUAGAAUUUAUGUUGGGGCUAGCUGCAGCAACCAGCGUUCGAGUCAGUAAUGAGCUUGGUGCUGGUCAUCCUAUGGUUGCUAAGUUUUCAGUAGUGGUGGUGACCACCACGACUACCCUCAUCAGUAUAAUUUUCAGUUCAAUUGUACUAAUAUUCAAGGUUGGAUUGAGCAAACUCUUUACAAGUGACUCACAAGUUAUUGACGCUGUGUCCAAUUUGACCCCACUGCUUGCCAUCUCUGUUUUGUUGAAUGGCAUUCAACCCAUUCUGUCAGGUGUUGCCAUUGGGAGUGGAUGGCAAGGUGUAGUGGCAUAUGUUAACCUGGUCACUUACUAUGUUAUUGGUCUCCCUAUUGGAUGUGUUCUUGGCUUCAAAACUAGCUUAGGAGUAGCCGGUAUUUGGUGGGGGAUGAUAGUUGGAGUUCUCUUACAAACAGUAACUCUAAUUAUUCUAACUGCAAGAACAAACUGGAAUACAGAGGUCGCAAAAGCCGCUGACCGCUUGAAGAAAUCGGCAAAUGAAGAAGCCUUAGACCUUGUGGACACCAUAUGAGGAAAUUCAGAUGUUACAGAACAUUACCAACAUGACAUCUCUUUCUUCUUCUUCAACUUACAGCAGAAGAGAUCGAACUUACUGAAACUAGAAUAAGACUUCUAAAGUCUAAUACUCUGUAAUACAAUUCUGUCACACGGGUCUUUUUGGAAAAGAUGUUUCAUUGCAUGGA